UCGACUCAUCCUUUGUCAGCGCUUGGAUUCUGAACAUUAAAAUAGAUUUUUUUAAAAUAACGAAGUCUGUCAAGGCUCUAUUUUUUUUUUACUGUAGUAAAAACACUGUACUUCUUGAAACUUUGACAUAUUUUGGGGGAUUUAGAGAUAAUGCAAGCGCAGGUGAGAAUCCUUUACAUUUUUGUAAUUUUUGAAGUUCAACUGAGGCUUUAGCAACAAGCAUGGAACUUAACUGAUAAAUGUAUGACCAAAGCUGCAGUUUCCACGCACCGACGUUUAUUCUGUACUUCAAAAUACAUGAUGGAGCCUUAGAGCUGAAGGUGUAUGGACCUUUGAAACAACCGACUGAAAUGAUAUAUUUACUUAACUAUCUUUUUGUUCUUAUUUUGUCACUAUACGUAGAAAUUAACGAUCACAGCCAAAAAACGCAAGUUUCCUACCUGACCUAACAAUUUUUAAUGCAGUUAAAUCGAGUAUCAGGCAGAGUACUCGUAUAACAGGUGGUUUGUCAUGUCUCCAAGGCCUUAGCGACCGACGUUGCCCUGAUGAUACUAUGUUGAUAAUAACGGAAACUCCCUCCACUAGUUUUGCUUCCUUGCGCAGAUGAUACAUGUUAUAAAACACAGAGAUUUAUCAACUAAGGGAGUUACCACGGGUAGCCUCUCCAUCUAAAUCUAUGAUUAGCUCGGUGUGUGUUUCGUCUUAUCGUGGGCGCAAAUCAGGCAACAAACCUCCGUCUAAAACAUGUCUAAAGGAAGAGAUGGCCAGGGGGGAAGAUUCGGACAAAAUAAUAAUCAACGUUGGUGGCACGCGUCACGAAACUUACAAGAGCACCCUUAGGACCAUACCGGGCACCCGACUCGCCUGGUUAGCCGACCCGGAAACCCAGGUCAACCCAGACGCAGACACGGGACAGACCACGAAUGAAUUUUUUUUUGAUCGACACCCAGGCAUAUUCGCAUAUGUGUUGAACUAUUACAGAACUGGCAAGCUUCACUGCCCUGCUGAUGUAUGCGGCCCACUGUUUGAAGAAGAGCUGGCAUUUUGGGGCAUUGAUGAGACCGAUGUGGAACCUUGUUGCUGGAUGACUUAUCGCCAGCACCGAGAUGCAGAGGAAGCCCUCGAUAUUUUCGAACCACCAGAUCCCGAGGAUACCGAAGAUGAUCGAGACCUGCCGCGACGCUUUGGUAUCGAGGACGGUCCAGACCGGUCUAGAGGCUGCUUUGAAGUUUGGCAACCAAAGAUAUGGGCCCUCUUCGAGGAUCCCUACUCCUCCCGUGCUGCCAGGAUCAUUGCCUUUGUCUCUCUUUUCUUCAUCUUGGUCUCAAUCACCAACUUCUGCCUCGAGACGCACGAGGCUUUCAAUGAGCUCCAGAACCGCACCAGUGUGAUUUCUGAUGGCAACAUCACGAAGGUGACGUUCACGCUGGAGGUGGUCACCAAGCCUGUGCUCACCUUGGUGGAGGGCAUCUGCGUGGUGUGGUUUACCUUUGAGUUCCUGGUGCGCAUCAUCUGCUGUCCCAACAAGCUGCUCUUUAUUAAGAACCUUCUGAACAUCAUUGACUUUGUGGCCAUUCUGCCCUUCUACCUGGAGAUGAGUCUGAGCGGGCUGUCCUCCAAAGCUGCCACAGAUGUGCUUGGCUUCUUGCGGGUGGUCCGUUUUGUACGUAUUUUGCGCAUCUUCAAGCUGACCCGACACUUUGUGGGGUUAAGGGUGCUGGGCCACACUCUGCGUGCCAGUGUAAAUGAAUUUUGCCUCCUCAUCAUCUUCCUCGCCCUCGGUGUCCUCAUCUUUGCCACCAUGAUCUACUAUGCUGAACGCAUUGGUGCUGACCCGACCGACCCCAGUGGAAGCAACCACACUCAUUUCAAGAACAUUCCCAUCAGCUUCUGGUGGGCUGUGGUUACUAUGACAACGCUGGGUUAUGGGGACAUGUAUCCUCAGACCUGGCUGGGUAUGAUGGUUGGGGCUCUUUGUGCUUUAGCUGGCGUGCUGACCAUUGCCAUGCCCGUACCCGUUAUUGUCAACAAUUUUGGGAUGUACUACUCUCUGGCCAUGGCCAAGCAGAAGCUGCCCAAAAAGAAGAGGCACCACCCAAACCCAGACAUGGCAUUGGACUCAGCUUCAUUUGGAAAAUCGGAGAGCAACUCGCACAGGAACAGCACGCAGAGUGACACGUGCCCUCUUGCAGCUGAGGAAAACAUUGUGAGGAAUCGGUCAGACUCAAAGCAGAACGGGGAUGCCAAUACAGCCCUGGUGGAGGAAGAGGGCUGCAGCCUGACCCAGCCGCUCUCCCCCAGUGAGAGGUGGUCCCUCUGCCGCUCACGCAACCGGGAGAAGGGCAAGAAAGAGGGCAUGUGCUUCCUCCUGACCUCCGGGGACUUCUCCUGUGCAGCUGAUCCCACCAUCCGCACAGAGAGCUGCAAAGAUGCCCUUACAGCUGCAGCCACCUACACCCAGCCUGAAGUGACUACCCUGACCUGAAGAGGCACACGCAGCAUGGCCGGAUAAGUGGUCGAGAGGGUUAUGUCACUGUCUGUGUAGGGGUGUGUGUGGUGGUCAGGGGCAGUCACUCUCUCUUCUAGCAGUCACACCCACAAAAUAAAUCCAAUUCCGUGUCCCUUAAAGGACGACACAUUUGUGUGCUGGUAGUAUAUGUAAAGCUUCCAAUGGCGUCUCCCCAUACACAUCUGUCUGUUGUGUAUCCCAGCAUGUCUUUGAGUGACCUAGCACUGUAUAACCUUGGUCAACACAUAACAUUGCUAUACAUAAUGUGUAGGGCACAUCAGACCCUGAGUGUACUCUAUUUGUCGUCUUUCCUGAAGUGACUCCUCAGGGUGUUGCUAAAACUGUCAACACAUUUGCGAGGGGCAGCAUUUUCUGAGGCGUGCAAUAUCAGAUGUCAGAGUAGUGUUUUCUAAAAAUGAAUGCAACUCAUGAAAAUGGAACGUAGUGGAGUACAACAAAACCUGUGCUUGGUAAUUACUGUAUGGAGUUGUGUACUAGUAUUGGACUGGUCUAGAACCAUGGCUCAUCAGUCUCCUUGCAAUGCAGACUGGGAGGCCGGCUUUGUUUUGACUAAAGUAUGACAGUGGGAGCGGGUCUGGGUCUGAUCAGCAUCAGAGCGGAGCUACGCUACAGAGACAGCCGCUCUCUGAACUAAAGAAGCCUUCUAAGAAGCCUUUUGUUUCUGGGAAAACCUUUUCAGACAACUGCUUUGAAGAACCAUUUUCCAAAGGCAUUUUGAUUCAUAAAAGGUUUUUUUUUUCUUUUUUUCGAAGAACCAUUUGAAAGGGGUUAUUUUAGAGAUUAAAAAAGGUUCUUUGAUGCACCUUUAUUAAGUGUAGAAUGUGUAAGCAGGCUAAUUUUUAUGGAUUUAAAUCAAAUGUCCACCAAUCAGUUUAUCAUAAAAGAACCUUGCAUCACUUAUCUUAAUUUUCGUUGACCAUUUCUAUUGUUACUGGUUAAAAGGGGACCAAGCAUUGGUAAAGUGUGUGUUCGUUAUCUAAGAGAACUACCUGAACCUCUUUAAUGGAUAUCCAUGUUAUAAUCUGUCCCAGUUGUACCUGUAAGGUAACAGAGAAAAAAAAUGCACAACUGUCCAUUGUUCUCUGUGAAUGUGAUCAAAAUGUCCUUCAUGAACAGUUGAAUAUAGAAUAUAGUCUCAUGCAAGUGGGAGUUUAGCUUUUGUUUUUUUGUUUGUUUGCUCUUUCCAGUAUAUAGUCUGCCAUAGUUGCCUUAUGUUUAAGAAACAAACAGAAUGUUAGUUUUAAUGUACAACCCCGCAUUUAAAUAGGAAGUGUAAUUUGUAAAUAAAAACACAGUCAUAUGUAGCACAAUAUGUUAGUUCAUUGCAUAUAUUAUAGAGAUAGCAUAAUCUUGCCACAAAAUGCAUUAUCUGCUAUUACAGUAACUAUAUAUGAAAUUAACAGAGAUUAUUUUUUAUAUUGUAUUUACUUUUAUUGCUGCCUCUCCCAAACAUCUGUGUGUAUCAGGGAAGACAACACAUAAAUGGAAUUUUCCUCAUAUAGGAUUGUAGGGUACAGUUCAGUAACUGUUAAUGAAAUUGUAUCAUGUUUGUCUAUGGUAAUGCUGUUAAUAUAUUGUAUCAUGUAGGCAUGUGUUUCUAUGCACCUCUGCAGAAAGACAAAUAAAUAAAAUAUUCCCAGUA